AUGGCAACUGCCAGAGAAAACUUCCGGCCCAUGAGGAAGGCAUCGUCUCAUGACCAUCUGGGGUCUCCCAGUCCGCUGCGUGAUGGCGGUGUUUCCCUCGGUAUACGAUAUGCAAGUGCCAGAGCAUCUCCGACACCCAUUGCGCAUCGCAAUCAGCGCAAAACGGCUUCAGAUGAUGGGACGCCUAAAUCUACCAGCUCGUCGGCUUUCCUCGUAGGCUCCAGUGUUGAUGAUGAUAUUUUUACUGAGGCAUCAUCCGAGGCUCCUCUCAUACCAUCAACAACUGGCGCAGACUCCCAGCUGCAGGUGUUUGACAAUUCUCCGACCAGAAUCGAUGCUCAGGGAAUAUACCCCGGCACAGCUUGCAUGUUCGUUGCGAACCUGUCUCAACCCCAUGAGGACAAAGUCCUUGAGUUCGAAGUGACCAAGGAGUUCAGCAAAUUCGGAGAAGUUUGGGUGAAAAUCAAAAGAGAUGUCUAUCAAAUGCCUUAUGCAUUUUGCCAGUUCACAAACGAUCAUGAUGCUCAGAAGGCAGAGAAACUGGGAAAGGGCAUGAAGAUUUUGGGACGACCAUGUCGAACCGAAAUGGCCCGCGCUCAAUCUUCCUUUCUUGUCUCCAAGAAAAACGGUAUGCCAACAACCAUUGCUGAGGCAACGCAUCUUCUCAGCCAGCUUGGUGAGGUUGCCAAAGGCGAAUUUGUGGAUGACGACGCACAACGCUCUCUUGGCGUUCCACCUUCCGUCUUAGUCACAUACAAGAUGUAUGAUUCCAGACGCGAGCCAGUUCGGUACUUCUCUCAAAACCAGACGUAUACUGUCGUGGCGAAUAACCCAAAGCGCAAUAACGACAUUGCAUCUGCCGCGUCCAAGUGGGAUGGCGGUGAUGCUUUGAUGAAGAAGUAUGACAGGGAUCGGCGCUCUGCGUAUGUUGGCAACCUUCCUCCAGAGAUGACUGAAACCGUUCUUCGCGCUCUUGCUAGCUCCAGCGGAGAAGUAUUGGGAGUACAGAAUGGUACCGACAUUGAUGGUAGAUCUGUCCGCGUGGAGCGUAAGCAUUCUCGAACAUUUGAGACUCCACGACGUGAAACCAUGCCUCGAAACUGCUGGUCUACGCUCCCGAGACGUCGCAUUGCUAGCACCUUUUUGCCAGCUCCUAUUCAUAAUGCUGAUGAUGAUACAUCUGUGAUUGAGAAUGUUACGUCUCAUCACCAGGCUACAACUUACAACAAGACUUUCUCUUGCAGACCUAGCAGACGUCCACGUCAGACCAUCUUUAACGUUGACACCUCGGUUGGCAAAGCAAUGGCUUCCCAGAAUCCUGAGCAAGUUCCAGAGCAAGCUGAAUCAGGCCAUGAGCUGCCAUUGACUCCAACACAUCACAGAGUUCGGGGUCCUAACUCACCAAGCAAGAAGUCCGUUGAGUUCGAAUUGCCCAACGGCGCUCGCCCCGGGGUUCGGCCGCACACUCCUCCAGGUAUCACCGCAAACGGGGACUCACACGUGGUAGCUCCGAAUAAUUCGGGUCAUAGCUCCGGGCCGGUUGCAGCUGCCAGCAGUAGCCAUGCCCCCUCAUACCAGUCCAGCACGGGUUUGAUGAUGCCGCCCCCCUCGUUUGGAUGGGCGCCGUUCUACCAGUCUUAUCCCCAAGGCUAUUCUUACAUGGCAGGGCCCUUCACUCCUCACCAUCAGGGCAACGAGGGGAUGAUGCAGCCCUAUAUGACUCCCCCAUACCCAACUCAUCCCAUGUUCUACAAUAACAUGAUGAUGCCAGCACCACCUAUGAUGGCUACUCCCCCCGGUCCACCAGUGCAACAUUCCGGUGCAGGACAGAACAAUGAUGCUGCCUCAGAAUACAAUCCCCACAAGGCGGAGUAA